UGAGUUUCUGUGUGGGAGAUGGGCCCUUAGAAGCUAUUUCCUGUAGCUUCUAACUUCUCAAAAUCUAGGAACUGUCCUGGUGGCAGGAGCUACCCAGUCAGGGUACUCAGUACACUGGGCAUAAGUCAGUGCCUUUAGGUUUAACUCCAAGGCUUGGGGAUCUGAUCUAGGGCAUGGGGAAGAUGGCUUCACCAACUCUCAAUUCAGAAUGGACUUCAAGCAAGUAGUAUGUGCCAGUCUUCUCCCAGAAUCUGGAUUCUUGUCCUUGUUCCCUGGCCUAUUCAUGCAUAUUAAUUUCUAAUAAGAUGAAAUCUGAAACGCUUCUUGGGGCAGGGCCAGGAGCUGGUCACAUGACUUCCAGCGAGUCAAGCUUUCUGGUAGUUUUUGAAUGAAGGCACAACCUCUGUCCUGAUUGUUACGUUGCAUUUUCUGGAAGUUUCAAAGUGGGAUUCCAGUGAAUUACUGUUUGGACAUAUUGCCCCAUAAAUAGAUACUCACAGUGCCACACUGUGUGCUUCCCAGUGCUAAAGAAAUGGUGAUGAGGAAAGCUGUGCAGAAGCCCAGAAUAUAUGAGGCUGAUGUGUAUGUCUCAAACACCGAUAGCCAGGUGGCUGUGGAGGCAACCAAGGAUUGUUGGUAAUAACCGAGGAUUGUUGGUAAUAACCAAGGAUUGUUGAUAAUAACAUGCUGUGAGAAAGAAUAACAUGUGGCUGCAGAAGAGGGCCAUGCCGAGGUAGGGCAGCACUUUUCUGAGACAAACAUCCUUGUUUUAGUUCCUGGAGAUAAGAAAACACAGUACUGCACAAACACAGGAAUGAGGCCAAGAGGUGGGCAUGGACUGUAGAGGGGCACUCCCAGGACCUACCUACCUACCUUCCUUCCUUCCUUCCUCCCUGUCUCCCUCCUUCCUCUCUUCCUCUUUCUUUCUUUGUCUCUUUCUCUCCUCUUUUUCUCUAUCCCCCUCUUUAAUUCAUCUCUUCCUUUCUAUCUUCCCUUUCACCCUACCCCUUCAUUCAAAACCCAUUGCCAUGUGUUUAUAUAGUAGGUCAGGGACUAAUAUACCAAUUUCUGUGCCAAAUGCGUAAUUUACUCUUAAAACUUUGUGAUUUUUUGCAGACCCUCUGACAUUUGUUGUUCCUUUCGACCACGAGCAUUUACAAAUCUUGGGUGCUCCCGGCCCUUAAGGGAGGGACGGCACAUUUUUGGUAUCAUGGACAGGAUGCCAUGGUUGAAGGGAUCCGUUCAGAAUGUCAUCACUCUACCCUUGAGUUCUGGGCAGGGAGUGCUGGGAUGUGAUCCUGUUAAGAGCCAGGAGGCAUCUGAGCAGCUGUAAGCCAAGACUGCGUAGGAAAUAUCAGUGCUUGACUGUUCCCUGAUUUUGGAAAAGUUGAGAGAAUAUAAUGUGUGCCUGACUCCCUCGGGCAUGGAAUGGGCAAAUGGAGAUUUGUAUAGGCCUGAAGCAGUGGUUAAAUCAAUAAAUGUGGUGUUAAGUGAACAAAAGGUAUGAAAGGGGAAAGGUAAAGCAGUUUUGUGUGCAAUUUUGGGAGUAGCUUAAAGUGCUGCCCAAAAGGAGAGGUAUGCCAACAAAUGGGAAGAAGGAGAAAUGAUUGGAUCUCUGCAGGAUUUGGUGAAAGGAUUGCAGGAUCAGUUAAGUGAGGAGAGAGGAAACAGGCUUUGGGAACAAGUGUUGCUUGCUGCUAAGUGCAAUUGUGAAAGGGAGUGUACGCUGCGGGCAGAGGGCCUGUUUGCAGCUCAGCAUGAUCGUGAAGGGGAGAGUAAGGUGCAGGUGGAGGCAUUUCUUGCUGAGCACAGUUGGGAAAAGGAAAAGAGGCUGCAGGAGGAGGCAUUGCUUGCUGCCAAGCAUGAUCAUACUAGGACGCUUCAGGUGGAGCUUUGGGAUGCAUAUAAGAGAGUAAAAUCUUAUGGGAAGGAUUGCAGGAUUUAGCAUCUGGACCAUUUACAGAAAUACUGUCUCACAACUCUGCAUUUUUGUAUCCAAUGAAUGAGUAAAACUAUUAUCCUGACAAAAAGUGACAUGUUACGUUUGCAUUUUAAUCUGUUGACGAGGAAGUAACAUUACGACCCCUAAUUAAAGCUGAAACCAUAGACGAUGGUCAGGGUCAGCAAACUGCUACUAAAAUGGUGCCGUAUACGGCAACCGAGAUUUCAAAGUUCCAGGAAAAGUAUAGCAGAGUUUUGUGGGAAUCAGAAACUGAAUAUGUGCGGAGAGUGUCCCUGAGGGGUGGUGAUUAAAUCAUGUCAUCUGAGGCAGAGGCCCAAGGAUUCUGGGGGACAGGAGUGUUUCUGGGGGUGGGUGCCAGAACCUCCUCUCUUCCACAGCAGGACCCACUGACCAACACUGGGGCAUUUGUGCCCUGCCCAGGGUCUCUCUCAGACACAGCCCAGGAAGACUUGCAGAUGCAGACACGACAUUGGUUGUGGCCUGAAUGUUACGAUAACUCCAGGGCUGAGCUGAAGAAACACCAGGGCAGGGAGAGCAAAUGCAGUUUCUUGCACGUGUGACCUUUUGUGUAGUGUUUAAAAUUAAGAAAAAUCAUGUGCCUAGCUGGUAAGACUCCCUGCUUCACAGUCUUUUUGUUGGAAAGCUCUUUUUCAUUUUGUCCCCUCAGCCUCCAUUUCCACCUACUUGGAACAGAACAGGGUCAGUCUCCUGCUCUGGACAUGCCUCCCUGUCAUCUCUGCUAACUUUAUGGUAAUAUUUAUUUAUUUUGAAAGGGAAGGAUCUCCUCAGUAAUGCAGACACAAGCAUCUUCUGGUUGGUCUCUGUAUUCUUGUGUCUUCCAAACCUUUACUGAGCCUGGAAGUGAUUCCAACAGUUUUGUAGAAUCAUGGAAUAACUCAGGUUGGAAAGAUCCUCUGGCACUUGUGUCACCUGUGCCGUGCUCAGAGAAGGUCUGCUGUGGGUGUUGGGCCAGGUCACUUAGGGCUUUGCCCAGCUGAGUUUGGAAUUGCCUCCAAGGGUGUGGAUUCCAGAGCCUUUGGGCAACCUGCUCUAGUGUUUGACUGCUUCACAGUGAUUUGUCCCCUCGUCAUUGUCAACGUUUUGGUAGAGGGGCUGCAGGGGUGGCCUCUGUGAGGAGAGGCUGGGGCUGCCCUGAGCCAGUCACAGCAUGUGCCAUCCAGAUCCAAAGGACCCAACACAGGACACGUCUGGGCCCAUCCUCAGGGGAGUCUAUGGCACCUCUGGGAAAGUAUCUUAAAGUGAGGGCGGUAAACACCAAGCAAAAGGAGAAACAAGGCCAGGGUAAGAGGAGAGAGGAGAAGGGGGGGAAUCAACACUGGAGCAGGAGGAGAGAAGAGAGAAGGGAACACCUGGGCAGGGGUUGGAGCCAAGGUACUGCUGGAGCAGGAGCUGAGAGAUGCAGCCUGGAGGAGCUGCUGUCAGUGAAGGAACCAGCACUCGUGUGCUGUCCCCAGUCUCUUGCACUGGCCACUGGCUCAGCAAAGGGGCUGAGCAUGGCCUGGGGGUGAGGGGACUGAGGAGCAAAAAGGUCAGUGGGGGGAAGAGGUGUCAGAAGGGAAGCAGAGUUUUUUCCUGAGGGUUGGUUGGUUUUUUCAGUCUCCCUUGAUACCAGAAUCUGUAACUAAUAGGCUGUUAAUUGUCAAAUAAAUUCAUGAAAAUUCCCUGAAGGAGUAAACAUUUUUUGUCUGUGACAAUAUCUUACUAGAAUUUCUCUGAUACAAUUUGUGACAGUUGAUUCUUUUCUUUUCCCAGGACAUCUCUGAGAGCAGCCCGGUUGUCUUCCCUGUACCUUCCCAUCACAUGUCUGAAGACAUCAAGGAAAUGCUCCCCACCCUUGGUCUUCAGACUAGAUGUAGCUCCCUUGCCUCUGGUACAUUGGGUGCUCCAGGACCCAGCCAUCAUGGUGCCCUUUCCCUGGUCUCACUGAAGACAGCAGGUCAUUUCCAAGUGCAUCCAGGCAGCCCUUGGAAAGUGCUUGUGUGAGAUACAGUGGACCCUGGCAUAAAAAAAAGUGACAUCAAGAAGUCUUUCAUCAUAUUUCUUCCACAAAAAUGCAGCAUCAGGCUUAUUUACUCCGUACAUGUUUAGAAGCUUCCUCAUGAAGUGGUCAGCCAAGUCUCGACAAUCUUCAGGAACUGCCAUUCCUCAAAUGUUCAUUGCUUUCACUUGGAGUGGGAGUGCAGUGACCACCUGCAGGGGUUCAGUGGUCAGCUCUCUGCAGUGCUCCAUUGCCUUUGUUGACCAGAUGUCGUGAUUUAACCCCAACCAGCAACCAAGCACCACGCAGCCGCUCGCUCACUCUGAACUUCAGCUCAAGUGCAGAGUGAAGUUCCAGGCUGUCCAAUACGGCAGAAAAGAAACAGCAACAACACACGAGCCACCUGCCAGCCCAGGUGCAUCACCGUGGCUGUUAUCAAAACGUUCCCAGGCACAAUUCAGUGAGCAGACAGCCCAGGGCCCAUUGAACUGUCCUGCAUGGCAGCAGACUGCAUACCAGGAUCUUCCCUUGAAUAGGAAACGCCUCCCAAGGUUACUCCUUGUGGCUGAGAGAUUCCUUGCUGCAACAGAUUCUUGGCGUUAACAUUUUAGCAUGCAUAUUUGAAUGAGAAACUGGACAGAAUCCUAUAUAAACUUCUUCCACAGACUCAGCCAAUUACUCCACCCUACGGGGAAGUUAUAAGCCCAGAAGAUGGAGAUUGAGACUGCAGACGAAGUUGCUAUUGUUGGAAUAGGAUGUAACUUUCCUGGAGGAGAUGGAAUUGACAGUUUCUGGAAAGUGCUGGAGGAAGGCAAAAACUGCACAGUGGAAAUCCCCCCUGAGAGAUUUAAUGCCAAAGAGUGGUAUGAUCCAGAUGAUAACAAGCCAGGAAAAAUAUGUACAACGCGAGCUGCUCUUCUCGAUGAAUUUAAUUCCUUUGACAACCACCUGUUUGGGAUUAAUAACAUGGAAGCUGAACGCAUGGAUCCUCAGCAGAAGUUACUGAUAGAAUGCACAUACAAAGCCCUGGAGGAUGCAGGAGUCCCUGUAGAAGCUGUCAGUGGCACCAAAACAGGUGUUUUUGUUGGACUUAUGAAUCGAGACUAUGAAAUCGUAACAAGCACAGCAGUGAGUGCAAUAAACCAUUAUGAUGGUACAGGAACAGCCAUGAGCAUUGCUGCUAACAGGGUGUCAUUCACAUUUAAUCUGACUGGACCGUCCCUGACUAUUGACACUGCCUGUUCAUCUUUUCUUUUUGCUCUGCACUACGCCUUGCGAGCCAUUAAAUCAGGAGACUGUGAGGCAGCAAUCUGUGGUGGGGUGAACUGCAUAAUAGAUCCCCGCACCUUUGUAUCUCUCAGUAAAGCAAAGAUGAUCUCUCCAGAGGGCAUAAGCAAACCCUUCUCCAAAAAAGCAGAUGGCUAUGGAAGGGGAGAAGGCUGCGGUGUUGUUUUCCUCAAACCACUGAAAAAGGCAAAGGAAGACUACAGCAAAAUCUGGGGUGUGAUAAACAUCAGUGCAGUAAAUCAGAACGGUAGGUCCACGACUCCGAUCACAAGACCGUCUCCAACAGAGCAAGAGAAGUUACUGCGCAGCAUUUAUGGAAGUCGUGUCGAUCCCUCAGUUGUGCAGUACAUUGAAGCGCACGGUACAGGAACUGCUGCUGGAGAUCCUAUUGAGGCUGAAAGCUUAGGUAAUGUCAUUGGUAAAAACAGGUCUUCCCGAGCUUCCAUUCUGAAAAUUGGUUCAGUGAAAGGAAAUAUUGGGCACACCGAAUCAGCUGCCGGAGCAGCCGGGUUAAUCAAAGUGCUUCUGAUGAUGCAUCAUGGAAAGAUUGUUCCAUCCUUGCAUUACUCAAAGGAGAUGAGCAGCAUCGAUACAGAGGAAUUAAACCUUGCUGUUGCCACAGCUGUAGAGCCCUGGGAAGAAUCCAGUGAGUAUGGAAGAGUAGCUGGCAUCAACUGCUUUGGGUUUGGAGGAACCAAUGCUCACAUUGUAGUCAGGCAGGUCAAGCAGCCAGAGCCUCUUCCUGCCUUUAAGAGGCCCCUUGAAUUAUUUCUGCUGUCAGCAGCAUCAAGUAAGUCCCUUCAGAUGACAAUGGCUGACACAGCUGAGCAGCUGAGCACAAGAAACUCUGUGACUCUCCCAAGCCUGGCCUAUACCUCUGCCUGCAGAAGAAGCCAUGCCAACUACAGGUACCGGAAAGCGUUUGUCACAAAUUCCCUCCAACACUUGCAGCAAGAGCUUAAGUCAGCCAGCACUGACCCUGCCAUGUCCAAGGUGGAACCACAGCUGGUGUUCGUGUUCUGUGGCAACGGCGUAACGCUGAAGGAGUUCAGCGAGGCUCUGCUGAGCUCAGAGCCAGUGUUCAGAGACAAGUGUAAGGAAAUAGAAGACCUUUUUCGGCAACACACUGCCGUCAGCGUCCUGCCAGCAAGGGAUCAUAGCCCACAGGAUUUGUUGAAGCCAGAGCUCUCCCAGCCCUUGCUUUUUACCCUGCAGGUUGCCAUAGCUUCCCUCCUGAAGUACUGGGGCAUUAAGCCUGUUGCUGUUGUUGGCCACUCGGUGGGGGAAGUUGCCGCUGCGCAUAUUGCUGGGUACCUUUCCCUGGCAGAUGCAGUCCAAGUGAUUUAUCACCGGAGCAGGCUGCAGGCAAAGACUGCCAGUGGCAGAAUGUUGGUGGUUGGAAACAUCCCCGUUCAAGAGAUUGCUGAACGUCUGCAUCCCUACUCGGGAAAGGUCUGCAUUGCUGCUUUCAACAGCCCAGUUUCCUGCACCUUGUCUGGGAAUGUAGACUCAGUGGAAACUGUCCAGAGAGAGUUAGCUCAAGCUUUCAGACAGAGAAACAUCUUCCUUCAUGUUUUAAAUGUCCCAGCUGCGUACCACAGCCCCAGCAUGGAUAUGAUACUUGAGGAGCUGGAGGAGAAGAUAGAGCCUUUAGGAAAGCAGAAGGGGGAAAUUGAAGUGAUUUCAACGCUGACAGGGGUGGCUGCAUCUGAAAAUGACUUUGCUCGUGGCAAAUUCUGGGCCCGGCAUACUCGUGAGCCUGUUGCUUUCAGUCAAGCCAUCCAAAGUGCAGCUAGAGACAGGGAAAACGUGGUGUUUGUGGAAAUAAGUCCUCACCGAGCAUUGCAGCGAAGCAUAAAGGAAACUCUAGGAAAAGGCACAAAGGUGUUCUCCUCUUUGGAAACUGAUGCAGAAUAUCAGACGCUCCUCACCCUGGUAGGAAAUCUGUUUGAACUGGGAUAUAAUCCCAAGUGGCAGCACUUCUAUAAUGGGUAUCAAAGUGUUCCGGUGGCCAUUCCACGCUAUCAAUUUGAUCGCCAAAAACUCAUGGCUUUUCUGAAUGCCCAUCAACAAGCAAACCAAAGAGGUGUCAGCGCCAGUCAUCCUUUGAUUUAUGGCAUAAACAGUGACAACAUGGAGUUUGGCUGCCUGCUGUCUCAGGACACAACACCAUACUUAUACGAGCACAAGAACAAUGGGGUGGCCUUAGUCCCCGGUGCUUUUUAUGCAGAGCUUGGUCUGGCCUCUGUGAUGAGCAGCUCAAGGCCUAAAGUACCUCUGAGUACUUGCCAGCUGAGUAUUGUUUUUUCUGCACCCUGUGUUCUCACUCAGAGUUCCCAAGUGUUGAGUAUCAAGCUGAGUCUGCAAAAAGAUGUGACAGCCUUUGAGAUCCUCUCUUCCUCCAAUGCAGUUUAUGCUGCCGGCCAAGUGGCAAAGGGGCCUGAAGCUGUGGUAGAAGAAAGCACCAUCUCCUUCCAAGACAUCUAUCAAAGGUGCAGAUCAGUGAUUAGCAGAGAGGAGGUUUAUGAAGCACUGUCUCAGGUUGGCUUUCAGUAUGGCUCCAUAUUUAGGCAGCUCAGUGAUGUGCAUUAUUGCCAGGAACUAAAGGAAGCUAUAACAAGCGUAAAGGUGAACAAGGAGACCGUCAGAGAGAUGUACAGCUACUGUAUCCACCCAGUGCUGCUGGACUGUUUUCUGCAGAUGACUGCUGUCUUGACCUCAAGGACAUUCCAGUCCAGAGCAGGUUUUCCUUCAGGGAUACGCAGCCUGGUGGUGCUCCGGCCGCUGGAGGAAGAAAUGAUGAUAUAUAUGAGAACAAGCAAGUCCACUGGGAACUGCCUAGAGGUCUGUGGAUGCUUUUUGGACAAACAUGGCUCUGUUUUGGCUGAGCUCAAGCACGUUGCCAUCACUUUCAUGAAAGAAGCGUCUUCCAGAGACAACGAGUUCCUGUUUGAAAACAAGUGGAAGGAAGUCUCUCUUUCACAGACAAUUGGACAUCUGGGGGUUAAGCCCAGAGUCCUAGUGUUUGCAGACAAAUUUGGGAUAGCUGAGCAGCUCAAAAAGUACUUGCAUCCUGCUUCAAGAUAUGUUAUGUAUGAAGAUUGGGAAGCCCCCUUGGAAGGCCGCACAAUGAAUAAAAUGAGAGCAGAGGUUGAGGAUUAUGAUGAAAUUCUCUUCCUGUGGGGAAUUCAAAAGUUAAAUGAAGAUUUCCCAAGCAAAGUGGUAGAUCAGUUGGCAAAGUGUUGUGAAGCCUAUCGCCAAGUAGUGGUGGCAUUAAGAGAGAAAAUGUCCCGCUGUUCAGUCAGAGUGAUCACUUACAGAACAACAGAGAGAUACGUAGACCACGUUAACAGUGGGUUUGUACUGUAUGGCAUGACCAGAACUUGCGUUGUUGAAGUUCCAGAAAUCACAUUUCAGUUGAUUGACCUCAGCUCUUGCAGUUCCCUGGACAUCUCAGUGCUAGCAGAUGUUCUUGUCAAAUGCAGAGGUGGGGAUUAUCCAGAAGUUUGCAUCAGCCAAGGAAGAAUUUAUGUGUCUGAAAUCAGACACACACCUUUUAUAGAUGCAGAUUACAUCCAACCUGUAAGAUCUCUCCAGAAGUCACAGACGUUCACUUUGUACACGUCUGAUCCGUACACAGCGAAAGACUUGUCUGGUGAACUAUCCACCAGCACUGCUACUCAGCUUGACAAACAGAGUGUUGAAAUUCAAGUGGAUAAAAUUUGUGUCCACUCAGAAGAUUAUUUUCCCAUUAGUGUUUCUAGUUGCAACUUUGGUAAUACACUGUAUUGGAACUCGCAAGCAGGAGACAAACACAGACUUUUAGCUCUUGAUUUCAGUGGCACAGUAACAGCAACAGGAACUGAUGUGAAAAAAGUGAAAGUGGGAGAUCACGUGGUUUCAUGUUAUCCCACUGCUGCAUCAUCCAGGGUUCGGAUUCCAGGAAUAGUUUGUUUCAAUGUAAAGAAAUUCCCAUUCUUCCAGAAUGUCCCUUGUGUGUCCUACUUCAUCAUUGCCUGGGAAAUCUUCACUCAGAGAUUACCCAAGGGGAAACAUGGCAGAACACUGGGGAUUAUUACUACAGAGCCAUUAUCGGUUUUGUGCCAUGUUCUUUGUGCAGCAGCAGAAGAGAUGGGUUGGAGAACAGUCCUUGCAAGGCCCACUCCUGAUAAGUUCCAGUAUAUAAACCUGUGCAAUGCCCUUGUUGUUCUUCCUCCUGUCAACAGACUGUCUUGGGAGGAUCUGGCCCACAUGUACUUUCUUAAAGAUGUGGUGAUCGUGUGUGGCAAUCGACAGUCUGAAUGUAUCCAGAAUGUCAGUGAAAUUGGUCAUGAAAACAUCAGCUUCCACAUCCUUACCCUUGCCAGCGUUUUCCAGAAAGCACCUCUAAAGGAAUUGCAGAAGACUGUACAUGUCUGGGUCAGUUCCAUGGAUAUGAAACGGUUUAGACGUCUCUCAGGUUCCGUUUUUCAGCAGGCGGAGAACUUUGAAAGGCUAAACUCUGUGAUGUCCUAUUUCACGUGCACUUCUGUCCCCCUUGCUGUACUGAGAAGGCAGAAGGACAUCAGCAUGCUAUCAGACAUACCGUUGUACGAACCCCAGAAGCAGCUGUUUAAGCAGAAUGCUGUUUAUGUAGUAGUGGGAGGGCUCACUGGACUCGGCUUUGAAACGGUGAAAUUCAUAGCCGAGAAUGGAGGAGGGUGUAUUGCAAUACUCUCCAGGAGAAUUCUGAGCAAUGAGAAGCAAGAAGAGAUGAAGGCUUUGCAGCAGCAGUACAAAGGGAGCAAAGUAGCGUUUGUGCAGUGUGACGUGACUUUGACCGGUGAUGUUGAGAAAGCUUUCAAGUCCAUUGCAAACACCUUUGUGGGGAGUCCGAUCAAAGGUGUAUUUCAAGGUGCUGUUGCUUUACACGAUGGCCACCUUGAAGUUCUGACCUUGGCUGACUUUCAGAAAGUGCUGAGCCCAAAAGUAGCAGGGACUCUAAAUCUUCAUUGGGCUACCAGAGGCCAGGAGCUUGACUACUUUGUGUGCUACUCCUCUGUUGCUUCCUUUCUGGGCAAUGCCACCCAGACAAACUAUGCAGCUGCAAACUCUUUCCUGGAUCUCUUCUGCCUCUACAGGAGGAACCGUGGGCUUUCAGGCCAAUCCAUUAACUGGGGUGCUUUGAAUCUUGGCAUUCUGCUCAAUCAGAACCACAUCCAGAGCAUUCUGAGAUCCAAGGGCAUAGACAUUCUGCAAGUGCAUGAAAUUCAUGAGUAUCUCAGGAAAAGCUUACUUACGAAUAACCCACAGCAAGCUGUCGUCAAAUUGAACUUUCAAGCUUUAUAUCAUCAUGUUUUUACUCGAAUAAGUUCACUCAAAACUCGCUUCAUAUCACUUAUGUCAGAAGAUUUCAGGAACAAGCUUGAAACUCCUGAGGAAACUCAAGUCCCAGAUAUUGCCUUUCUCAAAUCGGAAGACUACAUCACCUCCCUGGUGAGUGACCUCACUGGACUGAACCCCGAGGAACUAACCAUGAAUACACCACUUUCAUCUUUGGGCAUAGACUCUAUGUUAGCUAUGACAAUUCAGAACCGUGUGUUUCAAGAGAGAAAGGUGGACAUACCUCUUCUGAAACUGCUUGAUCCUCACACAACUCUGUCAAGUUUAGUGGUAGUUUUAGAAGAAACAAGCAAUGCAAAUGGAGUAGUUGAGAAGAAGAACGGUGCAAUCGAAAGUGUAGAAAAUGAGAGCCGGCUGUAGGAAUCUUGUCCUCCAGGAAUUGUGUAACUUUGAAGAUACCCAGACCUUUGUAGCAUCUCAGAAGAUGUCAUUGCAGAUGGGUAGAACAUCUGGUGAUGCUGAAUGUACUCUUUUACAAUGAUUCAGGAGACUCCAUACCAGGUUCUUCUGUCAUUGCAUUAGCUGCAUUAAUCUCAGUCAAUUGUUUUCCUUGUUACGUUUAGUAUUUUUUUACCUUGAUUUUCAAUAGUUUUAGCUGGAAAUAAGUAGAGUAAUAGUUACACAUUUUCAUUUGGUGAAUUUGUAUGUUUAAUGCACAUUGCAUUUUUUAAACUAUUCAAGUUAUGAUUAUAUUCGUAUGUUUGUAUCUCUAAGUGGUGACUAUACAAGUAAAAGAGCAUAAAAUUAUCAACAUUUUUGUCAUUCUGUGUUCUUAAUGUAUCACUUUUUUUAGUAUUAUCAAGUGUUUAUAAAUACAGCAUGUUUUUGAAAGACUUAUGAUGUUAUGAGUUUCAAAAACCUAAUGUUUUCUUUAAGUCUUCGAAAAUAUUAACAAUUUACCAGUUGCAAAGCAUACAGUAAAGCAAAUGUUUUUCUUUAUGAAUUAACUGAUUUUUAU